AAAUCUCUUCUCUUUGAUUCUUCCCUGUGCCACCCCACCUCCCCAAAGACGCAGCAUAGAUCAGCUUCUUGAUGCACUCGUCCUGGGCUCCCGUCCUGGGGACUGCUGUCCUGUAGGGCUGUGUGUAGCCAGCAUAGGCUUGUCAUGGGAGGAGCCAGGCAGCAGGGACGGGCAGCUGAGGGGCGGUGACCUCAGCUUCCCACCCAGCCAAGCUGUACCUCCCACAGGGCAGGGCCAGCUCAGCCAAUCGGGUACAGCCUGGGAGCUCCCAGACACAAGACAGUGGGGGGCUUUGGGGCUGGGAACUGAGAGAGGAGGGCCCAGGCCCCCCACUGGAGAUACUCUUUAGUGUGAUAAUGCCAGGAACCAGACCUCUGGCUGGCCGGAGGGACACUGGAUUGUGGCAUUUCUAAAGCUGCUCCCUGUGGGGAGGAGGACCCCCUAGGGCCUAUAGGCCUAGCAUUUGACCCUGGGGGCACCCAGCCCAGGCCUCCCCAGUGCUAACAAGUCAGGUAGCAGCAAAUUUUUAACUAGACACAUUGAUCAUUAACAGGGGGUAGAAAGGAGUCCAAACUCAGCUUCCCUUGUGGGCAGAGACCAGCUGGGCCUUGGGCCUCCUGCAGAGAUGCUGGGCCCCCAGGUCUGGUCAUCUGUAAGGCAGGGGCUGAGCAGGGGCUUGUCCAGAAACAUGAGGGGCUGGGCCUCAGGGGAGGGGAGGAAGGUGGACAUUGCAGGCAUCUAUCCCCCUGUGACCACCCCCUUCACUGCCACCGCAGAGGUGGACUAUGAGAAACUGGAGGAGAAUCUGCACAAACUGGGCACCUUCCCCUUCCGAGGCUUUGUGGUCCAGGGCUCCAAUGGUGAGUUCCCCUUCUUGACCAGCAGCGAACGCCUGGAGGUGGUGAGCCGUGUGUGCCAGGCUUUACCGAAGGACAAGCUCCUGUUAGCUGGCUCUGGCUGCGAGUCCACUCAAGCCACAGUGGAGAUGACCGUGAGCAUGGCCCAGGUCGGGGCCGACAUUGCCUUGGUGGUGACCCCAUGCUACUAUCGGGGCCGCAUGAGCAGCAGCGCCCUUAUUCACCACUACACCAAGGUUGCUGACCUUUCCCCAAUUCCUGUGGCGUUGUACAGUGUCCCAGCCAACACUGGGCUGGACCUGCCUGUGGAUGCAGUAGUCACGCUUUCCCAGCACCCAAAUAUCGUGGGCAUCAAGGACAGCGGUGGUGAUGUGACCAGGAUUGCGCUGAUUGUUCACAAGACCAAGAGGCAGGAUUUCCAGGUGUUGGCUGGAUCGGCUGGCUUCCUGCUGGCCAGCUAUGCCGUGGGUCUUUGGGUUAAGGUUGGAUUUGCACCCUGGAGAAGAGAGGAUGGGGAGUUUCUGCUCCCUUCAGCUGGAUCCCCAGCAGGAGCUGUUGGGGGCGUGUGUGCUCUGGCCAAUGUCCUGGGGGCACAGGUGUGCCAGCUGGAGCGACUCUGCCUCACAGGGCAAUGGGAGGAUGCCCAGAAGCUGCAGCACCGCCUCAUUGAGCCAAACACUGCGGUGACCCGGCGCUUUGGGAUUCCAGGGCUGAAGAAAGCCAUGGACUGGUUUGGCUACUACGGAGGCCCCUGCCGUGCCCCCUUGCAGAAUCUGAGCCCCACAGAGGAGGAGGCGCUGUGCAUGGAUUUCACCAGCAAUGGCUGGCUCUGAGGGAAAGCCUUGACCUGAAACAAGAGUGCAAGGAGACAUCCAGUGGCUUCAAGAACGGGUAAAUAACGACACCUGGUGGAUGAAUGUUACAUUCUGGGAGACUAUUCUAGCCAAUCCAGGUCUGAAACAUUAGGGAAGGCAGCUUGGCCCGAGACAGGAUCAUCCUCUUUCCUAUAGACCCUCUGCUUUUAUUGUUAAAAAUAACUACUUUGUUACUGCAAUAAAAUUUAAUAAGUUAAA